AUGGAGCAAAAAAUAGUAGGAAUAUCAAGGAAAGUAUGGAACAUAGUAAGAGUGGCAAUCUUCAUGAUAAAGAAAGGUUUAUGCAAGAGAAAAUUACUCAUGGAUCUCAACUUGAUGAUGAAGCGCGGUAAACUCGCCGGUAAAGCGCUAGGAAACCACUUCUUUGCCGCCUCCCAAGGCGGCGGCGACGGCGUUGGUGGGCCACCCUUCAACCUCCCUAACGAAGCCGCCGGGGAGUACGAGUUUAGCUGCAGCAACACUCCGUCGUACCGCCACUACUUCACCAACAAAAGAAAAAAUCACCGUCACCCUAACAAUAAUAAUGAUCUUGAUGUAUGGGAUGAGAAUGUUAACCUAGAGGAUGUUAGCAAUAUGUUAGACAUGAUCUUAGGUGGUGGUGUUUCAGCCGCCGCUUCACCGGCGUUGCCCGGGCUAGGGUUUGGGCGGAGCCCGGCGGUCCGGCAGCUGAGGGUCACGGAUUCGCCGUUUCCGGUACGGGAUAUGGAUCAAGAUUACAAUAAGCAUGUGGAUCAGGCUGCUGAAGAUUUCAUCAAGAAAUUUUACACACAGCUUAAGCAGCAAAAUUAGAGCAAAAUUAAAUACUUUUUUCUAGGAUUUUUAAGUCUUUUGUAUCAACUUUGUAUUGGAAUCUACCCGUAUAUAUGAAAAGUAUGUGAUCUUUUUGAAAUAA